UCCAGUUGAACCACGCACACAAACACGAGAGUAAAGAAAGCAAUGGCAUCGGAUUCGAUCCCUGCAAUUAAUGAAGCUAUAAGGAAUUGCACAUCAACUUCACCUCUACACCCAAAAGAGACAUCUCCAGCCUGUUGAUUCUCUCUUCGUUCCCACUAUCUCUCUCUCUCUCCCCGCUUCUCUAUGGAAUUCAUCAAACUUUGUUUCUGCAAAUAAUGUUUCUCAUUUACUCUUUCUCAAUCAUGUCAAAACCAGAAAAAUCCCAUGCUGUUGUCGACGACCCUUCUCGCCUUCCAGUAAUUCGAGUACCUGGAGAUGGAAGAUGUUUGUUCAGAUCAGUGGUAUAUGGUGCCUGCCUCAGAUCUGGCGACCCAUCUCCCAGCAACGCCAAGCAAAAACAACUCGCAGAUGAUCUCAGAAACAAAGUAGUGGAUGAAUUCAUCAAGAGGAGAGCAGACACUGCAUGGUUUCUUGAGGGUGACUUUGACACCUACACAGGACAAAUGCGAAAGUCUCACGUUUGGGCAGGAGAGCCGGAGCUUCUCAUGUCCUCUCAUGUUUUACAGAUGCCAAUAAGAGUGGUGAUGCAAGACAAGAAAAGCGGAGGAUUGAAGGUGAUAGCAGAAUAUGGGCAAGAGUAUGGGAAGGAUUGCCCAAUCCAAGUGAUGUAUCAUGGUUAUGGUCACUAUGAUGUGCUCAAGACUCAACCUGCUUCUACAUGUACUCACUAUACUUCCAACAAUAUCUGUCAUGUAUAAUGUAUGCCUGUGAUGAAGAAGCAAGUAUCUCUUGAGAGGCGCGACUUGAGCUUGUUGGAUAAAUUACGGAUGAAGAAAUUUUUUGAUUUUCCUUUGGCCUCUAAGAAACUUUUACUUUCCCUUUAAAUUAAAUAUUUCUCUACCUACCUGGGAAGGUGAAUUUAUAUAUUGUAUGACCAGUUUUGAUAUCACACACACACAUUUUCAAGUA